GUGAAAUUUGGAACCUGUAACACUCCCAAGCCAAGCUUCUUUGAUUUUGAGGGAAAGCAGAAAUGGGAGGCUUGGAAAGCCCUGGGAGACACCAGCCCUCAUCAAGCUAUGCAGGAGUAUAUUGCUACAGUGAAAAAACUGGACCCCAGUUGGAAUCCACAGACGACAGAGAAGAGGGGAAGGGAAAGCAAAACUGCGUUUGGAGGCCCAGUUGUCAGCUCAUUGUAUCAAGAAGAAACAAUCAGGGACGAGGACAAGAACAUUUUUGAUUACUGCAGAGAAAACAACAUUGACUAUGUAACCAAAGCCAUUCGAUCUAAAAAAGUGGAUGUGAAUGUCACUGAUGAGGAGGGUCGGGCUCUGCUCCACUGGGCGUGUGACAGAGGACACAAGGAGCUGGUUUCAGUACUGUUACAGCACGCUGCUGACGUUAACAGCCAGGGAGAUGUUGAGGAAAUCAGUGUGGGCAUCUUGACUGUUCUAUCUGAGGGCUAA